CAAACCAGUCACUCGACUUCAACUAAAUAUCACAUCGAACAAUUAUUUAUAACCAACAGAAGUUAGUCAAGUUUGGACAUAAUGGCAGUGGACAUAAUAUUAAAUCUAUGAUACAAAUGCAAAGUUUUGUCAUAAAAAGUAAUAAUGUAUGUAGACAAUUCUACCAGAGGAUGUUUCAAGUGACCACCCAUUGAAAAGUUGAAAUAAAUCCACCAUGACUGUUUCUUAGAGUGUAUAUAAGGAGGCUCUGUCAUACUAAGAAAAUACAAGAGAUACAAACAACUACGAAGAUGUCUCUCCUCACGUUCUCUUGGUAUCUUUUGUGUCUUUCUUUGUUUUUAGGAACCUCAGCAGAGAGGUCUACUUACAUUGUCCAUUUGGACAAGUCUUUUAUGCCUACAAUCUUUGCUAGUCACCACAACUGGCAUUCUUCCAUUAUUGAUACCAUCAAGAUUGAAACUCCCACUACACAAAAUGGUCACCAUCCAGUUCCAAAGCUUCUUUAUUCUUAUGACAAUGUGCUUCAUGGCUUCAGUGCUAUUUUGUCUAAAAAUGAAUUUGAAGCUCUCAAGAAGUCUCCGGGCUUUCUUUCAGCUUAUAAAGACAGGACUGUUGAAGCUCACACCACACAUACUCCUGAGUUUCUUAAGCUCAAUCCAACUUCCGGGCUAUGGCCGGCUUCUGGUUUUGGUCAAGAUGUCAUCAUUGGUGUACUUGACUCUGGUGUUUGGCCAGAAUCUGCCAGCUUCAGAGAUGUUGGACUUUCUGCAAUUCCCAAAAAGUGGAAGGGAAUUUGCAAGCCAGGAAUAGCGUUCAAUUCUUCACUGUGCAACAGGAAACUCAUUGGGGCUAAUUAUUUCAAUAAGGGGCUUUUAGCUAGCGAUCCUACUAUUAUUCUUUCCAUGAAUUCUGCAAGGGAUAUGAGAGGUCAUGGCACUCAUGUUGCUUCCAUUGCUGCUGGUAGUUUUGUUGAAGGAGUUUCAUACUUCGGAUAUGCUCCUGGAACAGCAAGAGGUAUCGCGCCACGAGCUAGGAUAGCUGUCUAUAAGUUUAGCUUUGAAGAAGGGACCGUUACUUCUGAUUUAAUUGCUGCUAUGGACCAAGCUGUUGCAGAUGGUGUUGACAUACUACAACUUUCUUAUGGAUGGGGUAGUAUGCCAUUGUAUGAAGAUUCUGUUGCAAUAGCUUCUUUUGGUGCCAUGAUGAAGGGCGUCUUAGUCACUGCUUCAGCUGGGAACAAUGGUCCUGGAAUGGGAACUAUAUCAAAUGGAGUCCCCUGGAUCUUUACUGUGGCAUCAGGAAGCAUCGACCGAUCAUUUUCGGGGACUUUAACUUUAGGCAAUGGCUUAAAGAUUACUGGAUUUAGCUUGUUUCCGGUGAGAACCACCAUCAAGGAUUUUGUUUUGGUGAACAAUGGAAGCUUAUCUACUUGUGAUUCAGCUGACGAUUAUGCCCAAGUCCCUAAUGCAGCACGUAGCAUCAUGAUUUGUUAUAGCACUGCACAAGAAGACUUGUCAGUCUCUGAUCAAAUGGGGGUCAUCUCAGAGGCAAAAGUUGGAGGCGCUCUCUAUGUUUAUGGAGAUCCGGACGUAUUGUCAUCCAAAUUUUUUCCGAACCCUGGUGUUGUAAUUAGCAGCAAGGAUUGGGAAAAGGUGACAAAAUAUGCAGACAAUAGUGCUAAACCAAAAGUCAGCAUCAGUUUCCAGGAUACACGUAUAGCUGUCAAGCCUGCUCCAGUUGUUUCUGCAUUUUCCUCGAGAGGCCCCUCUCUAAGUUACCUAAGUGUCGCAAAGCCAGAUAUUAUGGCACCAGGGGAGUUAAUUUUAGCAGCCUGGCCAUCUAACGUUUCAGCUGCAGUCAUUGGUGUCAAUACAUUUUUGGAUAGCGAUUACAGUCUUCUUACAGGCACUUCCAUGGCUGCUCCUCACAUUUCUGGAAUCGCUGCAAUGCUAAAAGGAGUACAUCCUGAUUGGAGUCCUUCAGCUAUUCGAUCUGCCAUAAUGACCACUGCCAAUCCUUUGGAUAAUACUGGAAAACCCAUCAAGACCACAGAUUUCCUCGAAACCAAGGUUGCUACAUCAUUAGCCAUGGGAGCCGGACUCGUUGAUCCAAACCGUGCAGUUGAUCCAGGCCUAAUAUAUGAUGCAACUCCACAAGACUAUGUGAAUCUUCUCUGCUCCAUGAAUUUCACAGAAAAGCAAUUCAAAACAAUUGCUAGAUCAUCCGCUAAGCGCAAGUGCUCAAAUCCAUCCGAUGAUAUCAAUUACCCAUCAUUUAUCGCUCUCUUUGACCCAUAUGGGAACUACACUUGGAUGGAGCAGACAUUCAGGAGGACAGUCACAAAUGUUGGAGCUGGUGCAGCUAAGUACAAAGCAAAAGUGAAAGCACCAAAAAACUCAACCAUUUCUAUCUCUCCACAGAUCUUGGUGUUUGAGAAGAAAAAUCAGAAGCAAGACUACACUCUGACCAUACGUUACAAAGGCAUUGCAGAGGACCAAGCGCAAUCUGGUUCAAUUACUUGGGUGGAAAAGAACGGCCAUCACACAGUAAGAAGUCCUAUAGUAGUAGCUCCAGCGCUUGAUGAAGCACUUGAUCCCUCUUCCUGAAAUGCUGCAGUUGACAAAACUGUUGGAUAUGUAAGUUUGCAGAUCUCCCCAAGAGAGUUCUGUUAAAUUAGCUGGAUUCAUUCUGGCAAAAAAGAUGCAUGUUUGAAGUAAUUGUUGAAAAAUGUUUUUCUUUUAAGUUAUAAAUAAAGCAAGACUUUGUUGCUCCUUAA